ACGUUAAAAGUAAAACUCGUCUACAACGGCUAGGCUAUAGAGAAACACACGUCUGAGCUACCUCUGGUUCGCCCCAAUUCCGCUCACCUUCCACCAUCGGAUGGACACUAUUCCGUCCUACUAGUCUCCGUCCAAUGGCUACUGCAACACGUGUCCCAUUCGUACCACUCACCUCCUGUUCUAUCCACCGUGGUAAUCACAAAUACUGUGUAGCCAAGUCCCUCAUUUCGCUUCCGCAAACUUUGACCUCUUUGCCACCAUUGAUUCAACAACAAAGAACGAAUUUAAAGAAUGGUCGACUCAGAAGACUUGCGGUGGUUUCUCUCUCGUCAGCAACGGCGAAUCUCAACCGAAGCACUGUUCUCGUCACCGGAGCUGGCGGUAGAACUGGUCAAAUUGUUUACAAGAAAUUGAAGGAGAGAUCAGAUCAGUAUGUUGGUAGAGGGUUGGCAAGAACAGAAGAGAGCAAGGAGAAAAUUGGUGGAUCGGAUGAUGUUUUUGUUGGGGAUAUAAGAGAUGCUGACAGCAUUCUUCCUGCAAUCCAAGGGAUUGAUGCUCUCAUAAUUCUUACAAGUGCUGUGCCAAAGAUGAAACCUGGGUUUGAUCCAAGUAAAGGUGGAAGACCGGAGUUUUACUUUGAAGAAGGAGCUUAUCCUGAGCAGGUUGACUGGAUUGGACAGAAGAAUCAAAUAGAUGCUGCUAAAGCUGCAGGAGUGAAGCAAAUUGUGUUGGUCGGGUCAAUGGGAGGAACAGACCUGAACAACCCUUUGAACAACAUAGGAAAUGGGAAGAUAUUGGUUUGGAAGCGAAAGGCUGAACAGUAUCUGGCUGACUCUGGAAUCCCAUACACAAUUAUAAGAGCUGGAGGCUUGCAAGACAAAGAAGGCGGUAUCCGAGAAUUACUUGUCGGAAAGGAUGAUGAGCUUCUUAAGACGGAAAUGAGAACUAUUGCCAGGGCUGAUGUUGCAGAAGUCUGCAUUCAGGCACUGCAGUUUGAGGAGGCCAAAUUUAAGGCACUUGAUCUGUCCUCAAAGCCCGAGGGAACUGGUACGCCGACAAAGGAUUUCAAGGCCCUCUUUUCCCAAGUCACUAGUCGUUUUUGAUGUUCGAUAGCAAUGGUUAUGUAAUUUUUUCAUGUUAUCCACCUUUAAAUAUUUAGAAUAAUUGUUUUCUACCUCUGGGAUUGUGACAUCAAAUUUUAUUUUAAUUAUGAAAGAACACAGAGCAGAACAAGGAGGUUAGAAGUUUGACCA